UUUCAAGUCUCGUCUGUGGAUUAGGCUUAAAUAUCUAUGCCGCUUCCAGCGCUUUGUUUUUGUUACUUGUUUUCACAAUUCUCAUCUCUGAUUUCAGUCAUUGAACAAUGAACAGCUGAAAUAAUAUUAUUUACUUGGUUAUAAGCAUAUUCUAAUGAACUACACCGUAUUUUCAUAUUUUUUUUACUAAAUUGAUUUGCAAGUUAUAGCAGUGAUCUUUAUCGUGCACAUAAAGGGUCUGUGUGUGUAAAUUCCACACUCUAAAAACUAUAAUCAGGAAUCGGCUUACAUCAGACAUGGAUGUUUUAAUAUCUCUGUUUUACGUACUUUUCGCUUUAUGCAUAGUUUUCCCUCCCACGGAGUUCGUAUCCGCUGGCUUCACAAUACCGCAAUUGUUUGGAAGCUAUCUUGGUUCAGAAGAAAAUAACUUUGUUAAAUAUCACAUGAGGAGAAUACCAAUAACACUUUUAAUACACUCCUUUUUGCCAUUGGGGUAUGUUGUAACAUUGUGGUGUUGUGGUGAACAAGGAGAAUGGAUGCCUUGCCUUUUUAUUGCAUCUUGUAUGAUUCCUCUUAUUGCCCUGUAUAAAAUAACUUGUUGGUGGGAACACAAUCAAAUAAAUCAUCCUGUGGUGAAAGCUCUUCUACCCUAUGCAGAAGUUGAAGGAGAUUGGAGAACAUUUGCUUCAACCUUUAACAUGGAAUUUAGAGGCUCUAACAAUAUUUUUAUACCUUUGAAUAAUGUAAGUACUGUGAAAAUAACAACCCGCUGGAUCAUUAAAGUAUCUCAAUACAGUGUUAACCUGGUACAACAAGGGGACUGCACUUUAGUUGCUACAGCUACUGACACUCAUGACUUAGCCCCAACAGGUGAAGGUGAAAUGCAAUAUCUGAACAUAGAAGCUAUCCCAGAAAGGGAAAAUGUCAAACCAUUUUCAUUUCGUAUUUCAUCAAUAACUUUGCGGGAAUUACAGCCAAGACUAGAGCGGCCAGUUAGGGUACCAGAACACAUUUCGUUGAUUCCCCCUUUGAUUGAAAGAUUUAUUAGUGUAUUCAAGGAUCAUGUUAGACAGAACCCUGUGUAUUAUGUAGAUCAGGAGUUAGAACAAUGUAUAGGAUGUAUGCACAAUCAAGCUGAUAUUAAGAUCAAUAAAAGAUGUGUAUCUGAUUCUUUGAAUGGUACCAGAGCACCUUGCCAACAGUGUAAUUGCAGAGUCCUUUGGUGCGCACCAUGCAUGGCUCGUUGGUGGGCAGCUCGAGCAGGCAGCUUAUCGCCCAAUGCCUGGCUGGCGGCACGGGGCUCGUGUCCUGUAUGCCGCGCUGUUUUUUGUAUGGUCGACGUAAGCCCCGCUGAGAAAAGACGUGUCUCUCACUAGAGAGGGAAAACUUUGGUACGACACAAUUGCGCUGACUUAUAUGCAAUGGUGCGUCAAACAAUAAUUUCAUAGUGCAGCAAGACGUACAUCUAAUUUCAAUCUAGUUUAAAAAGCCGUCAUUUAUACGUCUCUGCCACACUUCUGAAGGUUGAAGGUUCCUAUAAGAAUAUGGGCCUUGCACAUGGCAUGUUACUUGUACAACUAUCUAUAUAAUGAAAUAACUAUCAUUAAGUAAUAAUAUAAAUAUUAUAUACAGAAUGGCCAAAAAGUCGUGAAACAAAUACAACUAGGGGGUUGAUGAGGUCAUCAGCUGCAUAAAAUUAAAUACAGGAGGUACUUAAGCUCGACCCUUGCAGAGUUAUAAUUUAUUUUGCGUUUUUAUACAAAUAUUUACUUUUUUUACUAAUUCUUAUGACAAUUGGAAAAAAUCAACAUCCUGUAUUUUUUAUACUAUCCACUAGAUUGGUACCGGUGAGACCUUUCGUUAGACAAGCUAUUUAUGGUUGUUUCUUGUGUAUUGAAGAUAAUAGUAAACUCUGCAGGAGUUGAGGUCAAGAUAUCAAGGACCCGUAGAACAAUUUUUUGCAUCUGCUGACCCCAUCUAUCUCCUAGUUGCGUUCGAUCCAAGACUUUUUGUCCACCCUGUAUAUGUUUAGAUUUAUUUACUUUAUUAUUAUGUGUUCUGUUUAAUAUACAGUUAGCGCAAUAUGGGUCGAUGAGAGCUCUGUCUCUAUUAUUUAAAAUGUUGCAGUGACAAUCUAUAAUUCUACUAUACUAUAAGUCUAUUUAGCUUUCAAUGUCACGUAAAAAAGUAAUAGAAUAUACAAAUCUGAAGUACAUUUAGUAUGAUAAAGUAUUCUAUAAUGUCUAUGGACUUUAAUGCAAUGCGAUUUCUGUGCCGAAGUUUCAAUUACUCAAAGACAAUUAAAGGAUUCAUGGUUAAGAAUUCUUGAAGCGGACUCUACCUACAUCACACAUCAUAAAUGUUUUUCAACUCCUAUAGAUCAAUAAGACAGAUUUAUAGAUUUAUCAUAUUUUUUCUUUGGUAGAAUGUGUAUCUACAUGUAUUUUUAUAUUGAAGACGAGCCAUUAGAUGCACAGCAUACGUGUUUCGAAGUUAAGUGUUGAUCAUAUUUUAUUACAUCAACUAUUCGAUUUAAUGUAGAUUAUGCUAAGUGCAGAUCUCAACAUCCAUAAACAAUCGAGUUUAUUAUUUACAAGAUAUUUCCUAAUUAUAUAAGGUGUUCAAAUUUAUAUUUUCCUAUAUAUUAGUUGAUAGUUUUUAUUUGUAUAAAAAUAAAAGACUGCUGGUAUUUUAGUCAAGAGUACUUUACGCUAGGGUUGAACGGUGCAUUAUUUCAAGAAUUGGUUACGAGACCAAUUCAUCUUCACUAUUGUCAUUCUCAUUAUAUACU